ACUCUCUACUCGCGCGUGUCACUGGCAAUCUUUAAUAGCCGAUAAAAAAGGAAUAGUGAAAUGUCAAUGCAAAAGUGGCGUAAUAAAAAGUGGCGGGAAAUCUAAUGAAGUUAAAUUAAAAUUAAAGUGCUUUUCGUUGCGGAGGAGUAAUUAAAAAGUCAACAAAGCAUGAAAUUGUGAAAACUAAAGCUAAAGUCGCAAUUUUGCUGCCGUUUGAAAAAUUAUUCAGCGCUUUUUGCUUUAUGAGUUGAAUUUUAAAUGUGGAGUUUUGAUAGUUGAAAUUACAGGUUAUGUGAUUUGACAGUGUUUUAUUAAUAUUGCAAAUUGUUUUUAACUACAAUCUGUGACGAUAAAAGUAAAUUCUCUUUAACUUGUCAGUGAAUAUUGGAAAAAGUUUUCUUCCAUAUUAGUUUGAGCAAGUUGUUGUCGUAAAAGUUGUAUAAUAUGUACCUUUACAAAUGGCGGAACGGAAAGAUGAAAUUUAUAAUAAAGAAUACAGAAGAAUAAGGCGAAUAACCACAGAUCUUGCUACACGGCAGAUUUCUUCAGAAUAUGGCCUCACAGAAGAACAAGUAGCAGAGUUCAAAGAAGCCUUCAUGUUGUUCGACAAGGAUGAAGACGGGACCAUCACAAUGGCAGAGCUUGGGGUUGUAAUGCGGUCAUUAGGACAGAGACCUUCAGAGACUGAGCUAAGAGAUAUGGUAAAAGAAGUGGACCAAGAUGGCAACGGAACUAUUGAGUUCAACGAAUUCCUUCAGAUGAUGUCCAAGAAGAUGCGAGGGGCAGAUGGUGAAGAUGAGCUUAGAGAAGCAUUUAGAGUGUUCGACAAAAAUAACGAUGGGUUGAUAUCUUCAGUCGAGCUGCGGCAUGUUAUGACGAACCUGGGUGAACGACUGAGUGAAGAAGAGGUGGAUGACAUGAUCCGUGAAGCAGACCUUGAUGGUGACGGCAUGGUCAAUUACGAUGAAUUUGUGACAAUACUGACGUCGAAAAACUAGUAUGCAGAAAAACCUAAAAGAGAUCUGCCCCCCGAGGGACCGUCCCCAUAUCCCCACAGGGAGCUGUCACAACUGGGGGGUAAAGAAACUCUCAUAUAGCUCGUUCAGUGCGAACAGUGAUGUGUUUUAUAAUGCUUUGCUGAGUAUACGUUGGUGUGUAGAUGAUUAGACUGAGUGGUUUCUUUAAGAACAUACUAAUACUGUAUUUGCUUAUUUUUUAUGUGACUAGAAAGCCUCAUGUGAAGCUGGGAGCUUAAGAAUGAUGGAGGACUUAAAGAGGUUCACAGUCAAAGCCAGUAGAAUUUUUCUUCAGAUAUAAUUCUAUAUAAAAACCGAUAAAAACUCUGUUUUUUAUAUUUAGUUAGUAAAUGGUCCUUCGGGACGGAAAACUACUUUUUGCCGUAUUGAACUGUUAAAUUUUUACAUACCUGUAUCGCAGAUACUUGUUUUUUAUUUUGACAUCUGUAUCUACCAUUGUGAAACUAACUUAGUUUACGGUCCUCCGAGCCGGAACUCUAUCUAAUCAUUUACUUUCAAUUUAUCUCUAUUUGGGGAAGAGAAGUUGUACUAUUAAAGAAAACACUUAGUACAAUCAAAGUAUAAAUAUUUAGACGUGUGUUCGUAGUAACUAUGUUAUGUACAAUCGGCUCUAAUUGCUUUUUAUCUGUAAAUAACUUUUAACGAACUAAUAAAAAAUAUGUAACAAUUUAAAUUAAUUUGAAAAAUCUAUUUUAAUGAAUGAAACUUUAAUUAUUAUAUAAUUACUUUACAAGCUAAGUAUUUUUAAUUUAGUCUUCUUACAAAAAAAAAACAGUUAAUUAGUUAAGAGCUGAUUGUACGACAAAGACGCUUAGAGUGUGUGCAAGCAUAGUGUUAAGCUAAGUGUAUAAGAAAGUGUUCAAAUAAAUGGAUAAAAAAUUUAUAAUAAGCAUUUUCUUUAUGUAACAAGAUAAGAUUGUUAUACAAAUCGGUGUAAACAUUUGCCUAUGACACAAUUAAAGACGUCUAUGAAGCUACUCUAUGAGAAAAUGUCCUUCGACUACCGAGUCCUUGUGGACUACCUAUACCCAGGACAUAAGAUAGAUAUAGAAUAGAACCGUAUCAGCUUGAUGGAGUGAGUUGGAGUCGGAAUCAAAUGACUUUUAUUCCUACAGUAGAACUAUUAUGGUAUAAGAUAUUAAAUGUAAUGCAACGUCUAGGUUGAGUACUUGUUUGAAAAUAUUAUCUAAAUUGCUGAUGCUAAAUGACGUCAUCUAUAUUGGAACUGCUAAGUUUACAUGGCAAGUUAUGUAAAGUACAUUUUUUGUAUAGAGUAGCUUCUUUCCAUUAGAAAAGAGAAUAAAAAUUGCACAUAAUGUUUAAUUUCUUCUUCAUGAAAACCUUUUUAUCGUUUGCUUAAAAGGUUUUUGGAAAGCGUGAAAAUAGACAAGACGAUUGCAAUUUUAUUAUUUUUCGAAUAAUUCGUAAUUCUUUUUAUCAGGAAUUAAUGUUUUAGAUAUAAAGAGAAUUUAUAGAUAACAUAUUAAAUGAUCCUACGUCAUUGUCAAUAGCAAAUAAUGUUGCCUGUCUCUUAUAAGUAAAAUUCUUUGCUUAUUUCACAUGUAAUAAUACCAUGAAUAAAAUUUUUCAUGUAUUACAUAAAAUUCAAAUACGCCUAUUUUAGCCUUUGAUUUAGAUUUGGUUUUCCGAGUAACAAAAAUUUAUUAUUUGAAUUUUGUAUCCGUUUCGUUUUACAAAUAUCGGCCAGGAACAAUGCUAUAUAAGUUACUUAUAAUUUUAGUCUUCCGGGGGAAUAAUGAAUUGGCCAAAAGUUCAUUAGGGUACAAUGUGUAAUAUUAACAUUAGCUUAGGACUGCGUGUGUCAUAGCUUACUUAAUUUGUAUGUUAACAAAAAGGGUAAAUAUGUUAAAUUGUUAAUGAAAUGUAAAAUAUAAUGUUUAAAGAAAAGAGAUUUGGGUAUUGAGAAUGUCAUACAUUUUUGAUAUGUAGAUCUCUUUUUGUAUACCCACUCUAACUAAACAUUUAAAUCUCUUGCGUUAUAUAAAUGUUAAUUGUAUAAAUGUUGAUGCUUUAGCCAAUGUAUUCUGUUUCAGGCCUACUUGCCGUUAGUUUAUUAUUUCCAAUUAAAAACUGUUGUGUGACAAAUAUCUAGAGAAAAAGAAUCAGAAUUUAAUCAAAUCUCACUUUAUUCGUUCAAUUUCUCUACAUUGUACAUAAAAAUAAACGCACAUAUAAUAUUUGUAUAUGGCAAAUUUUGCGAAAGAAAAUAAAGUGUAAGUUAGAUAAAUAAUCUUAUUUUGUAUGGAAUUGAAAUAGGCAAACUAGAAAAUCGUCUCUAACACGGAAUGUUUGAAAGGGAAAUAUGAUCAUGCCGCAAAUAUAAAAAAGCAAAUAUUGCUUAUGAUUCUAAUAAGUCAAUGUGACCUUAUACAAUAAUCGACUACCGCAAAUAUAUCUAGUCCGUGGUUCAAUAAGUAAAAGUAUUGUCAUUUAUUGUUUUAAUAUUAUUAAUAAACAUGUAUCUCUCUCACGAACUUAUAUGCAGAAUUUCUUCUUCUUCAAAUGCCUCUCCAUUACUGGAGGUUGGCCGUCAGUUUCCUGAAACGCGUCUCGUUCUGCGCCAGAUGUAGCUACUCUUCCGCAUUUGCAAAUCGUCCACUCCCUAAGGUUGCGAAGCCAUGACUUCUUCCUUCGUCCAACACGCCGUUUACCCUGGAUUUUACCCAUUAUUAUUAGUUAAUUGAGGUGGUAGCGAUCAUGGCGCAACACGUGGCCCAGGUACGCAACUUUCCGCUGCUUAAUAUUGCAAUAUGCAGAAUUUAGUAUCCGAUUAUCCCAUCAGUGUUAGCGUCGUGGGUUCAGUGUGCGAAUCUCAUCCCUGAGGCCGCAGGUUCGAUCUGCAUUAAUGAACUUGUGGCUUGCUUCCAGACACAGGCUGCUCUUGCCAAUUAGGUUGACAAAAUCAACAUGAAACAGAUACAGAAAUCUGUAGCCGAGAGCUAAAAAUCGAUAGGAUUGAUUUAAUUGAAAAUAUCAUCAUCAUAAACACACUACAACCUUAGCCUGGGCAAGAACCUUUAGUCAGCUGUGGGCUUUUAACGACCGU